GAAAGUGAGCACAAAAGGCAAAAAUUCAAAAAAUAAAUUUAAAUAAAAGCUAUUAUUAUUAGAAUUAAAACACAGAAAAGUGGAGGUAUUAAUGCUGAUAUUAUAUAAAUAAUUUGAUGCACUCUGAAAAGAAAUGGAUACAAAGAAAUCGGCAGUAUCUGGUAAACAAGGUUCUAUGGAACGUUUUCUUCAAAAAUCUAAACCUAGUUUAGUUAAACAAGGGACUAGCAAUAAUACUAAAGACAAUGAGUCCGAGAAGAAGUCAAAGUUUGUUUGGAAGACAAGAACAAGUAACCAAACAUCAUUUACACCUCCUUUCAAAAAGGGGACAGACAAUGAACAGAAGUCUCCUUUCAGUACAAAAUCAAAUUCAGAAUCUCCUAGUAUACUAACUUUUAAACAAAUUGAUAAACCAGCAAAAAACAUUGACACUAAAAUAAAAAGCAAUAAAUUUGGUAUUGCUAGAAAUGAUUCAGAUGUCAUGGAAGUGGACGAUUUCUCUAACUCUCCAAUUAACAAAACAAAAGAUGCAAAUAGAUCUAUAAGAAUAAAUGAAAGUCCAUCACCACAGAAACCUCCCACCGAACCAAAAGAGAGAAGUAAAGUAUCGCCAAAAAAGACGAGUCCGGUCAAAGAUAAUGAUCCAUUGAAAAAUUUACAGCUUGAUCAUACAAUAUCUGGAUGUCUGUCAAACAUUUUGAACUGUCCAAUUCUUAAAAAGAACAAAGACAGUUUGGAUGCAAAUGAUGUUGAGGAAUGCAAAGAUAUGUAUAUAGAAUUAUUAGAAAAAGUAAGUGAUGCAUUUAGGAGGAUACCAAAUUGUAUUAAAGAGAAAUUUCCCGGAUACGAUAAAAAGACGUACUGCAAAAUAAAUUACUUAAAUGCCAAAUUGAAAUCUAUUAUUAAACAGCAGAAAAAUAAACCUAAGAGUUUAAAUGAUUCGUUAAAUCAAUCCAGGGAAAGCGAAGACAGCCAGUCCUUAUUGCCAAAUGUUGACAGUGAUCUUGAUGAUUUUGAUUUAUUAGCAACAAGUUCUAAAACAAAUAUAGCUAUGGAAAAAUUGAAAAUAAAGCAGAUGGAAACAUCUACACCAGAAAUGGUCCCUGUAAAUAAGGCCUUACAGUUAGAAGCCACAUCCAAGAAAUCACUAUCCUUCAAUAUGUUCUCCCCUUGUAAUGAUUCUGUCAAUUCGAAUAACGACACAGAUGGUGAGUUAAAUACAUCUGAGGCAAACAGUAGCAAAGGCAAGUUUGUUUUCAAAAGACCAACAAAGUCUAUUGAAGAUAAAACAAUAGUCCAAGAUGUGCCUUCUAGUACUGUAGAAAGAAUAAAAAAUGCAUCUCUUAGAUUACAGCCUAUUAGCAAUGAAGAAAAACCUAAAACUGUGCCAUUGCAAAAUAGCUCUCUUCUCUUACAAACACCCCAGCUAAGUAAAACCUCAUUCAUGGGUGAUGAUUCUUAUACAAUUGCAGCUACUGAUGACAGAACAAGUGAUGACAUAGACAAUAUUGAUGAUUACGAAGUACCUAUAGAUAUGGACGACGAGACUGAUAUAAUGCUUAAUAACUCUCAAUGUAGUGUAAUAAAUUUAAGUGACUCACUACCCUGUUCUAGUAAUACAGUUAAAAUUAACGAUAAAGAUAUAGAAAUUGAUGAUGAUGGAUGGCCGGAAUAUAAUCCUCAAGAUUUUGAAGACAGUAUAGCGGUUGUGGAAAAUGAAAUAAGCAAUAUCGAAAAUAAAGGGCAUAGUAAGAAAAACGUAGGAAACAUUGAAACCAAAACCGUCAAUUUGAUGGACACAACAGUUAAUGAAACUGAACCAAAAUACGAGGGUAUUGGAGAUUUCCAUGUAGGCACACAAAAUGAUGGGAUUACAGGCGAAUUCGACGGCUUCCACUUUCCACACUCGUCUCUCAUGAUGGAAAUGUUCAGAGAGAAAUUCGGUCUAAAAUCCUUUCGACCCAACCAGCUACAAGUUAUAAACGCUACGCUACUAGGUCAUGACUGUUUUGUGCUUAUGCCCACUGGUGGAGGUAAGUCACUAUGCUACCAGUUGCCGGCCAUUUUGACGCCUGGAGUCACGAUAGUAAUAUCACCAUUGAAGUCUCUCAUUUUGGACCAAGUGAACAAACUUUUGUCUCUCGAUAUCCCGGCGGCGCACCUAAGUGGCGACGUGACCCUGGCUCAGGCGGACGAGAUCUACCACAAGCUGUCGACCCGCGAGCCGCUGCUCAAGCUGCUGUACGUCACUCCGGAGAAGGUCAGCGGGUCACCCAAGUUCCAGACGAUGUUGGAUACGCUGUACUCGCGGGGGAAGCUCGCAAGGUUCGUGAUAGACGAGGCUCACUGCGUGUCGCAGUGGGGCCACGACUUCCGGCCUGACUACAAGCGGCUGGGCGUGCUGCGGUCGCGCUUCCCCGCCGCCGCGCUCAUGGCCCUCACCGCCACCGCCACGCCGCGCGUGCGCACCGACAUACUGCAUCAGCUGCGGGUCACAAAAUGCAAAUGGUUCCUGAGCAGCUUUAACCGACCUAAUCUGUCCUACACAAUAUUGGAGAAGAAACCCAAAAGUGUCAACCAAGAAAUCGGAAAACUCAUCAAGCAGAAAUUCUUUAGCGACUCGGGCAUAGUUUACUGUCUCUCGCGCAAGGAGUGCGAGGCUCUAUCAGUUGACCUGAGGAAGGUGGGCAUCCCCGCGGUCCCAUACCACGCGGGUCUCACAGACCGGAAGAGGGAAGAGGUGCAGGCUUCGUGGGUCGCUGAUAAGUUUAGAGUGAUCUGCGCGACGAUAGCGUUCGGCAUGGGCAUAGACAAGGCGGACGUGCGCUUCGUGAUUCACCACAGCAUGCCGCGGUCCGUAGAGGGAUAUUACCAAGAGGCGGGGCGCGCAGGCCGCGACGGUCUGCCCGCCUCCUGUAUCCUGUACUACAGCUACGGGGACGCUGUGCGAUAUAGAAGACUGUUUGAGAUGGAGCGCAACAGCACGGCGGAGGCGCGGCGCGUGCACGAAGACAACCUGCUGCGCAUGGUGGAGGUGUGCGAGGGCGUGACCGAGUGCCGGCGCGCGCAGGUGCUGGCGUACCUCGGCGAGCGGUACCCGCGCGAGCGGUGCAGCCCCCCCUGCGACACCUGCCGCGCCCCCAUUGACUACAAGCCAGUGGAUGUAACAGAGGAGUGCAAGCUAAUUGUGCGGUGUAUACGCAACAGCAGCAAGUACACGCUGCUGCACAUCGCUGAGGUGCUGCGGGGCAGCAUGCAGCAGCGGCUGGCGGCGCUGCGGACGGACCCUAUAUUCAACCGGUGUAAGGCGUGGCCUCGCGGCGACGCCCAACGCCUACUCCGUCAGAUGGUGGUGCGUGGUUUACUGGCGGAGCGGCUUGUCAUCAGCAACGAUAUAGCCAGCGCUUACGCUACUAUUGGGCCUAAAGUUGACAGUCUCAUGUCAGGCGGCCUGCGCGUAGUUUUCCCCAUGAAGGUGGAGCGCAAGGCGACGUUGGAGACGGCGGCGCCGACGCAUCAGCCGGACACGCCCAUCAACGGACUCAUCAAACAGCUCGAGGACCGCUGCUACGCCGAUCUGGUUGAGGCCUGCAGGGAGAUGGGUUCGGCUCGGGGCGUGUCUCUAGCGGCGGUGCUUCCGCAAGCCGCACUGCGAGCAAUGGCGGCGCGAAUGCCCGAGCGGCCUGACGAAUUACUUGCCCUGCCUCACAUAACGCGGGCCAACUACGACAAAUACGGCGCCAACCUGCUGAAGAUAACCUCUGCGUAUGCGGUGGAAAAGUGCGGUCUCCUGAUGCAGUACCAAGACGAGUUGGAGGCUGAGCCGGCGGCGCAGGACUUCGACGGCUCGGGCUCCGACACGGACUGGGCGGAGGUGGCGCGUGCGGCGAGCUCGGGCAGCAGCCGGGGCUCCUCGCGCCGCGGCCGCACCUCGCGAGGGGGGGUCAGGAAGAAGUACAAGCGAACCAAGACUUCGUCCGCUAAGAAGAAGGCGUGGCGGGGGGCGGCGGGCGCGGCGCGGGGGAAGGGGCGGGGCGGGGCUAAGGCGUCGCCGGGACCUAUUAGAUACGCUGGUGCGAGUACGACUGGUCUAGGCAGCAUGCCGGUGCCGCGCGCUAACACAAGGCCUGGAGUCUUCGGCGGCUCCAAACUCAACUUCUAACGUGACUUACUUCACACGCAAAUUACUUUUGACUAACUUCACACUGUACGUUAGGGUUGGUAAACCGCGGCCCGCGAAUGUGAGUUAUAAAUAUCAAAAUUAAUAUUGAUUCAAGAAUUAAUAUUGAUAUUACAAAUGUCGCCUGCCUAUUUUAUUUACUCAUCUCCGGCUCUUGCCGGCUAAAAGUUUGCCGAUCACUGCUAUUCAUAAAGCGACGGAGUUUACUUGUGGCUUACUUAACAUGAGGACCAUUCAAGUGAAUCAAUGCUGAUAUAUUUUCUGAUCCUGCAGAUAUGCUACAAUUGUUUCUACUCAUAAAACUUUAAAAAAGCACACAAAUAAUAUACUUAUGUAUGCCUAACUUCUUUGAAUUAUGAUUUUGACGGCGCUACCUCAACUUAUGUAUAGGCACUUAACAAUAUCGAUACAAUAACAAAAUUUAAAAAUAAAUAAAUUAUUAUUUGGCUUCGUGGUCUUGAUCAUAUUGUUUCAUCUUUAUUAUAAUUAUUGUAAAUAUUAAUGUGAUGUUCUUAGGUUAUUAGCAGUUAACUUUUAUUACUAUUAUUUGUUUCAAUUUAGAAUUAAUUUAUUUUGUAAUUUGUGAUAUUAUUAUUUAAUUUAAUGGAUAUUUCUAGCUCCUAAAAAUACUGCAGGUCGGUCCAUUAAAUAUUUAAUUGCAUAGACGAAUGAAAUAUUUAUUUCCAAUAAAGUUUAAAUUGCACACUUCACUUCGAUAAAACUGACGUUUUAAAACGUCAGUUUUACGUUUU